UAGAACUUCAACAGGAACGUUUUUUUAUAUUAAAAAAAAAAUUUCAGAUGUCUGCUAUUCAGUAUCAUUUUUUUUUCAAUAUUUAAAGAAAAGUUCCUGUUGAAGUUCUAAAUGAAUUUGAAUGUAGCAGACAUCAGACAAAUUUAAAAUUAUUAAUAAAAAUAGAGUAAAUAACUAUCGAACUUUUUUGGAAUCUUUUUUCACGGAAUUACUAUGAUGCAUCACACGUAUAAAAAUAUGUAAUUUGUUUAUGUGAAAAAAAAAAAGUUAUCGGAUGUCUGUUAUUUUUAGUGUCAUAUAUAUAUAUACAAAUAAAUGAAUAAAAACUUGUAAACAUACUGUUAAAAUAAAAUACUAUUAAACAUUUUUUAAAUAAUAUAAUAAAACACUUUUUAAAAACCCCGCCAAAUCAACCUCGCCAUCUAUAAAUUUAAUUUUUAACCAUAGCCAUAGUUGGUAGCACUGCUAAUUUCGUAAAUUUCAACGGACAAAUCAGCUGAGCACGCUUUCAAAGUUGUUGAUCCCACAAAUAAUAAAAACACGUGUCUAAAUUUGUUUAUUUAUUUAUAAUAAUUUAAGUGUACUUGUAACAAAAAUUAAUCUUAGUUUCCAUCAUCACAAUACUACUGAUUAAAUAAUUGCCAUGUGAUUAUAAAAUAAAUUUAUUGGAGAUGUCAAUAAACUACUUGUUUUCUGCUGAUAUAUUUAUUUUUUAUCAAACAAUAUUUUUAUGACUUAAAAGUCAUAUUUAAUAACUCGAAAAAUCAAUAUAUAUUUUCUACUAUUUAUUAAAUAUAUAAUUAUAAAUUACAUAUAUUUAUAAUGGAGCCAUGCAAUAACAUACGAGGCAUUACCACAAAUAGACGAUAUCCAUUAUCGGUUAAAAAUAAAACAUAUAAUAAUAAUAAUGACAAAGAAAAUAUGAGUGAUAGUAAAUUUAAAAAAUUAUUUGGUAAUAAAACAUUUAAUAUAACAUCAGACAGUGAAAAUUCUGAGGACUUUGUAUUGCAAGUAACGAACAGUAUUAUGGCUAAUGAUACACUUGAUGAAAAUGACAUAAAUUAUAAUAUAAAUAAGAAACAAGGAGAUAAACCUUCUGAAGUUAUUGUCAUAAGUGACUCCAGUGACGACGAGUUAUUUUCAUCAGAUAGAAACAAUAAAAAUAAUAAAACAUUUGGAUUAAAAAACAAUAGAGAUGUUAAAAGGACACCCUCGUUAACUAUCAGUAGUAUAAAUUCAUCUGAAAUGUGGACUGAAGAUGAGGGACGUAAAAAUUUAUCAAAACAUAUAUUUACAUCAACGCAAAUAAAUAGAGAGAGAAGUAAUGGCUCGGUAAUUUCAAAUGACAGUGGCCAUGACACACAAAAUCCAGGUAAUUAUUUAUCGGAAAAAGAUUUACGAACACCAGCUAAAAAUAAAUUUAUACGUUCGGAAAGUCAUAGUAAAUUAUCUGACCGGAAGUAUGCAAGUGGAGACAGGCAAGAGUGUGAGCAAAUACAAAAGACACGUGAGUUUGUUGACGCUAAGGGAUUAAGUGCUGAUAGGAUUAUUAAUAAACUUACUAACGAAGGCCGCAUAACUCCGAAUUCGGGGAAAUUUAUUGAACGGACAACGCCUUUGACCAAGAAAGAGACACGCAAGAUAUUAAAAGUCGUUAAAUCUCAGCGUAUUGUGUAUGACUCGCCGGGGCAGUGGCAAAAAAAUAAAAUUGAACGUAAAUAUGACUCGCCGGGAUUGAUGAGAGACAGAGAUGUAGUUGAUAAAUCUGAGUUGGAGACAAGUAGUUCGUCGGAUGGUAGCGAAAAAUUGAGAACAAAAUUUAAACAUCCGGCUUGGAUUGACGAAACAGCUUCGGAGACUUCAGAGUCUCAGGAAGAUAAAAAUAAUCAGCUGGAUGAUCAUAAUAAUUUAGAUAAUCAAGUGGAAGAUUAUAAAGAGCCAGGUAGAGAAAUAAAAUUUACUGACACACGUGUUAUUGGGUAUUUAAAUCCAAUAGAACGUCAGUCAUUAUCGCCAUCAGAACGUAAGAAAGAAGAUAUUUCUCGCUGGCUUAUGACUAAUGCUUUUGAUCGGCAAAGUGACACCUCUUCACUCAGUAUCAUUUCUGCUUCUCAACCAACUACUCCUAAUUCUGGUGACAGUAGUUUAGAAAGACUUGAAGAAAAUUAUCAGACUCCAAAUAAUCGUGAUAAAUUUCGUGAGAGAAUAAAUUCAACUUCAGCUGCUAAAUCAGAUGUAAAUAAUCCAAGUUCUGGAGGACAUUUAAAGCUUACGGAACCUGUCGGUAAAAUAAAUUUAAAUACUCCAAGUACAGGAGGACAUUUGAAGCUUACGGAAUCUGUUGGCAAAAUAAAUUUAAAUACUCCAAGUACUGGAGGACGUUUGAAGCUUACGGAAUCUAUUGGCAAAAUAAAUUUAAAUACACCAAGUACUGGAGGACGUUCCAAACUUUUAGAAAAAAUAAAACCAGCACAAACUACUAUGGAUAAUUUUGUUAAAAAAACGAAAGCUAGAAAUCCAAAAAAUAAUUACACUCCUAUUUCUAUUACUAAGACUAUUAAAAAUUUAACACCAAGUUCCAUAAAUAAGACUGUAAAAAAUAUAACACCAGGUUCUAUAAAUAAGACUGUGAAAAAUAUAACACCAGGUUCCAUAAAUAAGACUGUGAAAAAUAUAACACCAAGUUCUAUAAAUAAGACUGUGAAAAAUAUAACACCAAGUUCUGUAAAUAAAACUGUGAAAAAUAUAACACCAGGUUCUGGAUCCAACAAUAAGACACUAAAAAAUGAUACUCCAACAGGAACACCGCAAUUGAGAAUCGAGGACUGCCAAGAUAUUUUAACUCGACUGUACGGUAACUCUUGGCGCGAUAAAGCUGAUGAUCUGUUACCUAAAGCUGAUUCUACACCCAUAAACCCACGAUCUGAAAAAAAACUAGACAAAACAAAAAAGAAAAAUCACGAUAACUCCAGGAGAAGAUCUGAUAAAAUAGUUAGAUCAAUUAAACCCAUUUCAAGAACGAUAAAGAAGGCGCCGCCGAAUGUCAAAAAGAUACGGGAUAGUUUUAUAAAUGACUGGCCCAGUUCUGAAGAAGAUGAAGGAGAGACGUCUUAUAUGACAGCUCUGACGACUCCUGGACCGCCUAGUCAAACUAUUCGAGAACGCAAAGAAACUCCAAUGUCUACGUUGCAUAAAAAAGUCAUUGAAAUUUGUGAUUCAGAUACUGAUGAUGACAAACCCCCUGCAGUUAAAGACAACAAGAAACGAUUGUCAUUCAGCGAUGAUAAAAGUUCUGGUUCUUUUACAAGCGAGUAUGAUCCUGGUGAUGUUAUUCUUCCGAGAUCAGUAACAAAAUUAAAAAAUUUUCCAUCAUCAAAAUUGCCACCAGCGACUUUCAAACGUCCUGCAGUAACAAUGAGUUUUCUUAAAUCGCUUUCUGCAGAUGUCCCGAUGGAUAAAGUUCAUCCAGAAGCUAAAAAGUAUCGUUUGAAUUAUAAAUUAACCAAAGAUGAUCUUUGUCAUCGACUGUACAAACUUUACAAUGACAAAAUAUUUGAAUGUAAGUUACCGAGUGACAUGACCAUUGAGUGGAACGUCAGGAUGCGUGGGACUGCUGGUUUUUGUUACAACAAAGCCUCGAAAAAAGCUUUGGGAGGAUUGGAAAGAUCUUCACGCAUUGUUUUAGCAACUAAAAUUCUUGAUACGCCGGACAGAGUCAGAGAUACUCUUGUUCAUGAAAUGUGUCAUGCCGCUGCUUGGUUGGUCAAUGGAGUUUCUGAUGGACAUGGGCCGUAUUGGAAAUCUUGGGCUUCUAAAGCUAUGAAAGUAUUUCCCGAAUUGCCGCCUAUUAAACGUUGCCAUGAUUAUAAAAUAACUACUAAAUUUACUUAUCGUUGUAUCAAUUGUGGAUACAGCAUUGGACGUCACUCAAAAUCGUUGGAUAUUGCGAGAAAAAGAUGUGGCCACUGUUAUGGACAAUUUGAAUUGCUGGUAAAUCGGAAAACUAGAUCAGGUAGAGUAGAACUUAAAACACCUAAUGCCAAACAGCCCAGUGGGUUUGCGCUCUAUGUAAAAGAAAAUUAUGGAGCUGUUAAAAAAGAAUGUGAUCUUAAUCACAAAGAAGUUAUGAAGAUACUUGGCCAGCAAUUCUCAGCCGUUAAAAUAUCGAAACAAAAUGACGUCAAGGAUAAUUAGCUUUUAAUAAAUAAUUUAUUUUAUUUUAUUUUUUUUUAUAUUUAUAUAUACUGUGAAAUAACUAGGGACCGACGGUUUUAAUUGUACAUUGGCUGAUUUAUUAUUAAUGUUUAUAUUUAUUUAUUAUUUUUUUUGUAUUUGUAAAUUUCAAAUUUUAUUGAUAAAUUGUAUUGUAUAUUUUCGUAUAUUAAUUUAAAUUACUAUUGCAGGCUACAAAGUUUCGAGUAAACAUCCAAGAAAUUAAUUUGCGUCAAGUAAGAAUUUAUUAAUUUAUAUAUUAAUGCAAUAAAAACUGUUGAUAUAAUUUUUUUUAUUUUUUAUAAGUAAACUGAAAAUAAGUAUGAGUGUGAAUGUAACUGACAAGAGGCAAUUUUUUGAAUUUUUGAAUAAAUUAAUAAAAUGUUAGUAGAAUAAAAAUUCGUAUAUAGAUAAUUGACAAAUCAGUGCGUGCAUUUAUGAGUGAAUGUAGCAGACUUCAGACAAAUUUAAAAUUAUAACUGAAUAGAGUAAAUAAUUUAAAAAAUAUUUAUAAAAAAUGCACUCAUUAAUUUUUGAAUUUUUUAAAUGCGCAUUUUUAAAAAAUUUUAUUUUAUUGAUUAUUUAGUCUAUAUAUUAAUAAUUUUAAAUUUGUCUGAUGUCUGUCACAUUCACACUCAUGCGCAUUUUUUUUAUUUUAAUAAACUAAUUAAUUUGUUUAUUAAAAAUUUAUAAAUUGUCUUAUGUC